AUGAGUUCUAUAACAUCACACGAUAUUCCACUUAUUAUAGCUUAUAUUCUUAUUCUAUUUAACUUCUCUCUUGAUAUAUUUUUACGCCCCAACGCGGACACUAGGAGGUUCGAUUUAGACGAUGAUACUGAUAAAAGCUCUACACUGUUUGUUUAUAUCGCUUUCAUCGUUGUGCUCGGCGUUCCCAUAUUUAUAUUGUCAAUUGUCAUUGGUUUAAAUGAUAGCCUUGGAAUUGGUAUAAUUGAAUCGCCUUAUCGCGAAAUAUUAUCAUGGAGUGGAAUUAUACUUAUUUUGUUUGGAUUUGGCUUAAGAGCCUAUGCAAUGAGAAUUAAUCGAUUUUUUACAAGAACUUUAAGAAUCGGUGAAGGACAAUUCAUCGUAACUGAAGGUCCUUAUAGAUAUAUACGUCAUCCAGGCUAUGCGGGUUAUCUAUUAAUGUGGCAUGGCUUUGGCCUGUCUUCUGGAAAUUGGUUCGUUUUUAUAAUAAUUUCUAUUAUAAUUAACAUCGCUUAUUGGUAUCGUAUACGUUGUGAGGAACUUAUGUUAUUGAGAAAUUUUGGGGUCGAUUAUUUAGAAUAUUCUACUCGA